GUAUAUCUUAAGUCGUAUGCUUACGUAGAUUACCUCUAGGAAGGCAUCUGAUAUUAGACAAACAAGAUACUUAAACGUCAAGAAAGCCAAUAACUACUGUGCUUGAGAUGCUACUAAAGCCCGCCAGUAAUAUCUCCAAGUCUUUUUCAAAAUCCUUCCUUGAGAUAGGUUCACCAAUCGGGGCGCUCAAACCGCCACCUAUCAGCCGCCAUUCCGCCAACCGACAGACCACCAUCCGUGUCAGACCCUUUAUUCAUACGUUUCAUCAUCGUAACAUCUCAUCUAACCCCAUGUGCCAGCGAAGACGUGUUUACUGGGCUUGCCUACACGAGGAUGUUAAUGUCACCCCGCCGUCACCCCUACUCUAUUGCGCCAAGGCCACGCCACGAACGGACGGCAGCAGUAGUAGUGGCGAUAGGAAUGGAAACAGCAUCCGCCAUAAUGAUCUCAAGCCGUGCGCAUCCAUCGAUACACUCCCACUUACUGCAAAGCACGAUCUAUUUGAUGCGGUUGUGCGUCCGGAAAGCUGCGAGGUCUGUGCCGCUGAUAGCACUACUACCGGCCUAUCCGGCCAAGAGACGACAACGGUUGACGAUGGGCCGUUGACGAGCGAUCACGGAGCUAAUAAUAUAGAAAAUACUCACCAGGACGUGCCGGGGGUCUUUGACGAAGAUAUGAUCGAUUUCGAUUGGAUCAUGGACGAUCCUUUACUUGCAGAAUUUCAAAGGGCACCUAGGGAGGUGGUGGCCGGGGAGGAACAGUCCUCCGGCUCCACUAACGGAGUCUGGUUCCCGGACGCGGGGCCUGUGUCGGAGGGAGACUUUCAACUCUAUGACGAUGAGGAUAGAUUCAUAGAAGACGAUAUGAAAGAUAUCGGCAGCAAGGUCGGACAUACGACACCGUUGUUAUAG